UAACCAAAUGUCAACUGUCUCCAGAGAUGACUACGAGAGUGUGGUCCUGUCUGAGUUCCUUCACCUCACUUAACCAUCUCACUAUCUCUGACUCAUCUAUCAGUUUCCCUUCAUCUCUUCCUGAGCUACCAUCCAUCACAAAUAUAUCAACUGAGAGAGUGACGUCACGAUGCUCUGAAGGGUUGAUCUCAUCACUCCCUGGCUUGGUAUAUAUCGAUAUCAUUAUCGAUGAGGCAGAUGGAGACAUAGCCAAUAUCACGGCUGGUCUUCGUCGGACUGGAGGCCGGAAGCUCAAAUUGAUCAAACUUCAAGCACCGUUCUCACUCCCAUCAGAGAAGUGUCGCGUAUCUAGAGAGACAAUGAGAGGACUUGGUCUGCUCAUCAAGGAACACACCAAGCACAUGAAGCGUCUCAUUCUGGAAAAGGUGAAGUGUACAGACGAGGAUGACUUGGUUUAUCUCAUUGAAUGCUGCAGACAUGUGAAGACGAUGAACAUAGUAUGGUAG